AUGGCACCCAAAAUUAAAGCCCGAAAUCUAAAAAAUGUUGAUUUAACAGACGAAAAUUACAUUCACUAUCUACACCGUCAUUUUAAAACUUCGCCUCUUUCUUCAUUAAUAAAAAAAAACACUUGUUUUUCUAAUCAACCUGAUGAAGUUCAUAAUGAAUUAAUAAAUAUUAAAAAUAAUGAAGAAUAUGGUGAUGAUUUCUAUGUAGCAGCUCGGAAAUUUAUUAAUAACGGUAUAAAAUUUAAUUCAAUAUUUAUCAAAAGGAUGAUUUAUAUUCUCUUAAUUGAAGAAAAUAGAUCUGCGAGCAAUUCAACGGAUGAAACAUCAAUUAAUCAAAAUUGUUCUCAGCGUAAUGUGAAUUUAAAUCAUUCACCUAGAACAAUAAUCAGUUCAAUCGACGAACUCGAAGAAAAUCAACCAGUUACAGUACUUCAAAAUCCAACAACUAACGAGAGUCAACCAAUCGAAAUAAUUGUUGGGA